AUGUCGCAAUCGGAGGAACCAGUGGCUGCGGUGGAUAGAAUCAGCCAGUUAUCAAACGAUAUAUUAUGCCACAUUCUCUCCUUUCUCCCAAUCAAACAAGCUUUCACUACCACCAUUCUUUCUAAGCGAUGGCUUCGAGUCUGUUACUCACUCACCGUUCUCAGCUUCAACGACGAAACCGUCGCAGACUACGAAACAUUCCGCCGCUUUUGUCGCUUUAUAGAUACUCUCAUGCUCUCUAACCAACAAGAAUCUCAACUCAAAACGUUUAGCCUUAAGUGUCGUUUUUGGUUUAACGACGACAAUCAUCGAAGCUUCGACGGAUGGUUAGAAGCCGCUAAACAACGUCGUGUCGAGGAAUUUCAUAUCUUCCUCAACAACGUUACCAUGAGUUCCAACAUUUUCAUCUCUCAAACCCUUGUUGUUCUCAAACUUGAGAACUUAAGAGUUGAAGAUGAAAAUUUGUGUGUUGAUCUUCCGUCGCUUAAAACCCUACAUUUGAAAUAUGUUUGUUUUGAAAAUCAGAAUGAUAUCAAAAAAGUUCUUAAGGCUUGUCCUAAUCUAGAAGAUCUGCAUACUUCUUAUCCAAGGUACAUAAGAAGAUGUAAAAAGAAUAAGGAGUUUAGAUCCUUGUUCUUGUCCAAAUUAGUUAAAGCUGAUAUCGGUUCGAAUGAUGUUCCGUUUAAAGUGAUUUAUAAUGUCAAGUUUCUACGCGUAAUCAAGGUAAAGCCUUCUUUGAAGAAGAAUAUUAAAGAGUUCUUCAAAGGCAUUCCGGUGUUUGGAAACUUAAUUCAUAUUGAACUAUGGUUUUAUGGCUUCUUUCAUGGUUGGGAUGGUGUUGUUCAAUUGCUCCAGCAUUGUCCCAAGCUUCAAAUUCUUUACAUGAGAAAGUGGAAUACCAGCGUAUCUAAGGAUUGGGAAUGCCCAAUUUCGGAUCUUCAAUGCCUUUCAUCUCACCUCAGGUCAUGUACUAUCUUAAAUUUUGAAGGCUCGGAAAAUGAUCUUCGGUUUGCAAAAUACAUCUUGCAGAAUGCAAGGCGUUUAGAAGUGAUGACUAUCGGUGUUAAUACUAGCUCCUCAGAUGGAAUGCAAAAGCAUCAAAUUAUAGAAGAAUUAUCCACCUGUCCAAGGAUGUCUUCGGGAUGUAAACUUUCAUUUUAAUUUAUUUAA